UCUCGAACGCGAGAGAUAAACGAAAUAAACCGUCCGCUCGCGCGCGCACACAGCGGUCCGGGUAAUUGCGAGCGCGCGCGAACGAACCACCAGCACCACCCCCCGAUCCACCUGCCGACAUUUACGAGAGAGCGAGUGAGACAGAAAGGGCAGAGAUUGUGCACGGGGAGAGAGAGUGAGUAUAGGGUCGGCGAACCUCGCCGGCAGGGGGCGCACCGGCGAGAGAGAUAGAGAGCCGGUGCGAGAGAGCGGAUGCUGUGCGACGCUCCGGAGAGAGAGAGCUCUCAGUUCUGCGCGCGAGCUUCUCCUAGCAGCAGGUGGUGUGUGCGGGCGCGACCCCCCCCCCCCCCCAGAGAGACAGACUCGAGUGUUGCACGUCCAGGAUGUAUUAGAGACAGAGAGACUGGUAUCUACGGUCGAUCAUCGAGUGUGUGCCAAAAGGAACGAUCGGAGAGAGGAGAGGAAAAUUGCUCGCGACUCGACUCAGCUGCAGAUCCGGCGAUCGUCGCAUGCCACACACGUGACCGUCGCACUCUGAGGGGCCAUCGACGCGGAAGAAGCAACACAGACGCUCGCAGCACAUCGGACGCUCUCGCGGAGGAACUCUUUUUUCGGAUAAGAAACGAUGAUGCGCGCCGGAUUCUCCAGAGAUAAGCAUGAGCAAGCCGAAUCGACGUAACGAUCCAGGACAGGAUGGCCGGACGACCCGCGACUCAGUGCAGCCCGCUGAGGCUCGCGCUGCUCGUCGCCACUCUGCUGUCCUUCGUUCAUGGCAGAGGAGUGGUGCUGGACAGCCAGGGCCCGGUGCUGACGUCGGAGCCGCGCUCGUCGGUCGAGUUCUCGAACGACACGGGCGCGAUGGUGCACUGCUCGGCGAACGGCUCGCCGAUGCCCCGAGUCGACUGGCUGAUGGGCGACGGGACGCCUGUGCCGCCGAUAACCAACAUACGCGAGAUGCUGGUCAACGGCUCGAUGUACUUUUUGCCCUUCGGCGCGGAGAACUACCGGCACGACGUGCACUCGGCGGUCUACCGUUGCCAGGCCUCCAACAGCGUCGGCCGCGUGCUCGGACGCGAGGUCGCCGUUAAGGCUGUGGUGCGGCAGAAGUACGAGGUGCAGGUGCGCGACGCCUACGUCCUGGCUGGCAACACGGGUGUGCUGCGCUGCGAGAUACCGACCUUCGUCAAGGAAUACGUAUCCGUGACCUCCUGGGUCCAGGACUCGGCCUUCAAUAUUUAUCCCACGCCCGACAGCGAUGGGAAAUACCACAUGCUGCCGACCGGGGAACUUCUGGUGUUCUCGGUAACUUCGGCGGACGCGCACGCCAGCUACCGGUGCCGCACUGUCCAUCACGUGACUGGGAGCACAGUCGAAAGUUCCUCCUACGCUCAUUUGGUGGUUACCGAGCACCGGAAUCCAGUACCGCCCCGGUUCAACGAGCGCAUGAGCCCAGCCCCGGUGAAGACGGGUGACACUAUAGUGCUGUCCUGCAUAUCCCAGGGCAUACCCCCGCCGAUGUACCUCUGGUUCCGGGAGUCCAUCAGCGCCGGACCCGAGAUGAUAACCAACUCCGAGAGGAUCCACGCGAGGUCCGGUGUCCUGGUGGUGCAACAAGCCAGACUCGAGGAUGCCGGCAGGUACGUCUGCCACGCGAACAACACCGCCGGCUCCGAGAGGGUCGAGCUCGAGGUCUCCAUCAUCAGCGCGCUCACUAUCCGAGUGUCGCCGCAACAGGUGACGGUGGACCUGGGAAAGGACGCGGAGUUCCAGUGCUCGGUGCAGGGACAGCCACAGCCGACGAUAUCCUGGGCGAAGGAUGCCGUGCCCAUCAGGGAGGGCACCUCCAGCAGGACGAAGAUCCAGGGCUCCGGAGGCUCGGUUCUCCACAUAUCGAGCAUCACCAGGGACGACAAGGGCAUGUACCAGUGCUUCGCCAAGAACGACUACGAGAUGGUCCAGGCCACUGCUGAACUCAGGCUUGGAGAUGCGGCGCCCCAACUAGUUUACAAGUUCAUCGAGCAGACUAUACAGCCGGGACCUUCGGUGUCCCUCAAGUGCAUCGCCACGGGUAAUCCGACGCCGCACUUCGCCUGGACUCUCGAUGGCUUUCCUUUGCCCCAGAACGACAGGUUCAUGAUCGGCCAGUACGUGACGGUCCACGGCGACGUGAUCUCCCACGUGAACAUCAGCUCGGUGCGCGUGGACGACGGCGGAGAGUAUCGCUGCUCGGCGGUCAAUCGAGGCGGGACCAUACACCACGGUGCCAGGCUCAACAUCUACGGGCCGCCGCACGUCAGGCCCAUGGGCAAGUACGCCGCCGUGGCCGGGGAGACGACCGUCAUCAAGUGCCCCGUCGCCGGAUUCCCCAUCAGCAGCAUCGUCUGGGAAAAGGACGGGCAAGUUCUGCCGACGAGUCGACGGCAGGAGGUCUCGGCGAACGGCACGCUCACGCUCCACCAGGUCGACAGCAACACCGACCGAGGAGCCUACACCUGCACCGCUCGCAACCAGCAGGGAAGGUUCGACUCGCAAACUGUGCACAUCGAGGUCAAAGUGCCACCUCGGAUCGCGCCGUUCCACUUUAACGAGGACCUCUCGGAAGGUGUGCGCGCCCAAGUGACCUGCAUGGUCGACAUGGGUGACGCGCCCUUCGUGAUCAGCUGGUCCAAAGACGGUCAGCUCAUCCAGAGCUCGGACAAUUCGUUCGGGGCCAGUCGCUACGGGAGCCAACCGCAGCAGCACCAGCAGACACCGGCUGGACUGACUGUCAACAACAUGUACGGCCAUUCCAGCACGAUCAUGAUCGAGCGCGUCGCUGCCAAUCACACGGGCAACUACACCUGCCACGCGCGCAAUUCCGUAGCCGAGGUCUCGCACACUGCCGAGCUCGUCGUUCGCGUACCCCCACGAUGGCUGAUGGAGCCGCAGGACGUUCACGCGCCGGAGGGUAUGUCGAAGCUGAUCCUUCACUGCCACGCCGACGGUUUCCCGCCGCCGAGCGUCACCUGGCGCAAGGCUAGCGGCAGCAAGCCCGGCGACUACAAGGACAUCGCCGGACACGAGCACAGCCACGAUCCCAAGAUUCACUCGAAUGGCUCCUUGGUCUUUGCCAGGGUACAGGAGGAUCACGAGGGUUAUUAUCUCUGCGAGGCCGUCAAUGGAAUCGGGGCUGGACUGAGCAAGGUGGUCUACCUCACUGUCAACGCCCCGGCGCACUUCCCGGUGAAGCACGAGAACCGAACGGCCCGUCUCGGUUCCAACGCGUCCCUGCGCUGCGAAGCGAAGGGCGAUCACCCGUUAAAGAUCGUCUGGCGCAAAGCCGGAUCCCAGCUCGAACCAGCUGUCACGGACUACCGGUACAUGGUCAAGGAGCAGAACACCACAGACGGCGUCGUCUCUACCCUGGGUCUUCUCGGCACGACGAGGGAAGACAGCGACCGGUACUUUUGCAUCGCCAGCAACGCUUACGGAAGGGACGAGAUGACGAUACAUCUGUACAUUCAAGAGCCACCGGAUUUUCCGAGAAAUCUGCGCGUCAAGGAGAAGGGCAGUCGUUACAUAAAGCUCGGCUGGAGCAGUAGUCAGGAUGGCAACAGCCCGAUCACCCAGUACAUCAUCGAGUAUAAAACCGAGUCAGAAGUUUGGCACGACCAUACGUUUCACACUACGGUACCCGGGAGCCAGGAGCACGCCCACAUAAGCGGCCUCCGACCGGCGGUUACAUAUCAAUUUCGCAUUUUCGCCGAGAACGAACUUGGCAGGAGUCAACCCAGCGACAUUUUGGACGCGAUGACGGAGGGCGAGACGCCCGGCGGACCGCCGAAGAAUCUCAAAGUCGAGCCUGUCAGUUCGACGGAAUUGAAGGUAACGUGGGAUCCGCCGGUCGAUGAUUUAUGGAACGGCGAGAUUCUCGGCUACCACGUCGGCUACAAGGAGCAACGACACGGAGCGGAGUACAUGUAUCGAACGGUAGAAGGCCGGAUCUCGACGGCGAGCAUAGCCCUGGGCUUGGCGAGGACAGCUAUACCGGGACGACAGUGUCAAUUGUCGAACCUGAAGAAGUACACGCGCUACAGCAUCGUCGUUCAGGCUUACAAUGCCCUCGGCGCUGGUCCCAUGACGCCGGAGGUCGUCGCCCAGACCCUCGAAGACGUUCCGUCGAGUCCACCGCAGGACGUGAGGUGCACGCCUCUGACGUCGCAGUCGCUGCAGGUGACCUGGGACCCACCGCCCAACUCCAGUCUCAACGGUAUUCUCAAGGGCUACAAGGUCAUGUACGAGAACAUGAACGCGCUCACCGACAGCACCAAGGUCGAGACCAAGAGCACGACUGCGCUCAUCGUUGGACUGACCAAUCUCGAGAAGCACACCAACUACUCGGUGCAGGUAUCGGCCUACACCCGAGCCGGCGACGGCCUACCCUCAGCUCCGCUCUACUGCGUCACGGAGGAGGACAGGCCCGAGGUACCCGCGGGCAUCAAGGCAGUGGCUUCGUCGGCGACCUCGAUAAUAGUCUCCUGGCAGCCGCCGCUUCGCAGUAACGGUAUCAUCACUUCGUACAGCGUACACGUACGACCAGUAGGUCCUGACGGCCCCGACGGCAAGUGGUUCACGCGUAAUCUGCCGCCUCACAAGACGUUCUACCUCGCCGAGAACCUGCACAAAAAGAAUCAGUACGAGUUCAACAUAGCCGCUGUGACGGCGGUUGGUGACGGGCCGCGCACGCCCUCCAUCCUCGUCUCGCCGUCCAGCGAAGUACGGGCGGCCAUCUACUCGUUCGGCCAGAUCCUCGUGGUGCCGUGGAAGCAGGACGUGACGUUGCCUUGUCAAAGGGUCGGCAAGCCCGAGCCGACGGUGACGUGGAAACAAUGGGGUCAAGUUAUUAGGUUCGGAGCCUCGUCGAGGGUUACUCUCGAGAAUGACGGCUCGCUGCAGAUCCGAGAUCUGCACAGGGAAGACAGCGGCAAUUAUACGUGCUUCGUCGAGAAUCGCUACGGCUCCGAUAAGAUCACGCAUCGACUGACUGUGCAAGUGCCGCCAGCUGCACCAUUACUGCACGCGACGAGCGCGACGAGCAACUCGAUAAACGUGCAGUGGAAGAACGGCGACGACGGCGGUGCGCCGAUACGCGGCUACAUCCUGCACUUCAAGCGCGAGUUCGGCGAGUGGGAAGAGAUCAAGCUGUCGCACAAGAGCAACAGCUACCAGCUGUCGCAGCUCUGGUGCGGCACCAACUAUCAGAUCUACCUCACCGCGUACAAUCGCAUCGGUAUGGGCUCGCCCAGCGAGAUCGUCAAGGCGAUGACGGAGGGCAGCAAACCGGAUGACUCCCCAGCCAACGGAGGCGAAAAAUUCAUCACCGUCAACGUCUCGUGGAUCACUCUGCAUUUACAGACCUGGAACGACGGAGGCUGCCCCAUCACUUAUUUCGAGCUGGAGUACAAGAGAAGCGGCGAGGAACUUUGGACCUUCGUUUCGAACAAUAUCGAAGUGCAAAAGUCGUACACGUUGAGCGAACUGCAGCCAGGCACGACUUACGAGAUUCGCAUAAGGGCGCACAACAACGCUGGCUCGUCCCUCGCCGAGUACAAAAUCACGACGCUACAGUUACACAGCAGUUCCACAGUGCCUGCCCUCGACGUCGACAGAUUCAUACCCCAGCACACACCGGUCUACGCGGACAUCAAGCUAAUCCUCCCACUGGUGCUCAGCUCGUUCGCAGUCAUCGUCGCGGCUGGCGCAGUGUUUUACUGCUUUCGAAAAAGUAAGCACGGGCCUUUGAUGGGUGACUUAGGGAGCCUCCACGACGCGCAGACGGCCGCAGCAUUAGAUAAUAAGCAAAACAUGGAGCAGCGAGAGCAGUAUUACGCGACUGUGCGCAAGCCUCUGCGGUCGCCUAUACACGAGAUGGGUACGUUGGAAAGGAUACCAGAGUACUCCGAGGACAUCUACCCUUACGCUACGUUCCAGCUGAAGGAGAGCGUGCCCGCGGGCGGCGACAGCCGCUGCGACUCGGCUGCACCCCUCCAGACCUUCGUCUACCACGACCCAAGGCUUACCGCAGCUGACACACUCCAGCUGAGAGAGUCGGAUUGCAACCGGUACGCUAAGGUGCGCGGGGGCCGCUCGUCCUCUGCGCCGUUGCAUAAAGCAGCGCACAAGACGAGUCAGGGCAAGUCCGAGUCGGAGGAGUACGACACCCUGGGCUCGGACAGCGACACGGAAGUCGGGACCAGCAGCCGAACCGAGUCUUCCAAUCACCUCGUCGAUUCCCAUCACUCGGCCUCUGCGGCCGAUGCGCGCGUUCACAACUUCUUGUACCAUGGACCAGAAUCUAGCACGUCUACAGAACCCUCACCGAUUUUUGAGAGAAAAUCGUUUCCUGGAAGGGGAAGACCCAAGAUGCUACAGCUGGCGCGUUAUACCGGCGAGGAGGCCAGGUCAAACCAGCUCGUCGGUGGGUCAGCAACAGCAUCAUCCGGGCCCGGGCACCAGCAACACGGGGGGCCUGGCCAUCCCAAGCACCAGUCGGGCCCUCUCGUCCCGGAGCGUGACGGACCAGGCCACAACAUGUUCGUCCCCAAGCUGGAUCCACCCUCGGGGUUCUCCGACGCGCUUGAAUUGACCGACCCAGAGUACAACGAGCAGCAGCAGCAGCAGCACGUCGACCGCGCCGGCCAAAGGAACCUUCGCGACUUUGUCAUCGCGGUGUAAAUAAAACAAAAAAUAUAAUAAUAAUAAUAAUAAUACAAUUCAUCGUUAUACCAAAGACAAGAGCCAAACAAGAAUACACACACGAGAUAUGAUGUAUGCGAUAAACAAACGAAACUUCAAUGCUACUACUGCCCAAACAACCAUACCCCCCGUACACACUCAUCUACUCCUGCGCGCGCGCCUGGAUAAUCGUCGUUUACACACGUUAUAGAGGAGCGUAUUCUAAACGGUAUACACAAAACGAACAAGAGAAAAAAAAAGAAAAAAAAAAUAAAACACACGUAGCGAGUAUGUGCGAUUAUGUGAGAUGCGAGUGUAUGUGCUGUAUAUUGGAGGAACUGAUUAUAUUACGAUACGAGAGAGAAAGAAUUGUACGAUGUUUAAGUAGAUCUGGUCACUCCUAUUGAACGCUAGAGCUGCGCUUCGUUUCGUCGGCGAUGAUUCGAUACUUCGAUAUACUCUUAUCGUGUGUACACUUUAUUCGACACUAUUGCGUUGUACCUUACUCUUCCAUAUAGUGCUAAUAUAUACAUAUGCGACGGGACGAGCGAUAAACGAAGGAUGAUCUUUCUCGCGUGAUGAGAGUUUCGUGGGACUGGCCAUAUCUCGAUUAUAUAUAAGUGAACAAAGAAGUGAAGCAAGUUAUUGAUCUCGUUAGGCAAAGAUAAAGAAGAAGAGAGGAAGAAAGAAAGAGUGGCGAGAGAAAGAGAUGCGACGCAGGCCAUGAUCGUACGAUCUUCAAGGUCUUGGAUAUAAUUAAAUGAAUACGCGCCAAGUUGUCCUGUUGAUAUCGUAUACUUUAUAAUAUACAUAUUAUAUGAUGGAAAAAAAGUGAUUGUUCACCAAUGAGACUCGUACUCUUGCGUUUUCAAACGAUUUUAAAGAUUGUUUAUAUUCUAUUUACUUUGUAAAAUAUACAAGACUUAUUCAAAUUUGGAAAAA